GUUGCCGAAGCGAUUGGUUAUCCCAUCAUGGUUAAAGCCUCUGAAGGAGGAGGAGGGAAAGGAAUCCGGAAAGUAAACAAUGCCGAUGAUUUUCCCAACCUUUUUAGACAGGUACAAGCUGAGGUGCCCGGCUCGCCGAUUUUUGUGAUGCGACUGGCUAAGCAAUCCCGCCACCUUGAGGUCCAGAUCCUUGCUGACCAAUAUGGCAAUGCCAUCUCCCUCUUCGGCCGAGACUGUUCCGUGCAGCGCCGGCAUCAGAAGAUUAUUGAGGAAGCGCCAGCAUCUAUUGCAACGUUGGAUGUCUUUGAACAUAUGGAACAGUGCGCGGUCAAACUCGCCAAGAUGGUGGGCUACGUCAGUGCCGGGACGGUGGAGUAUCUUUACAGCCAGGAUGGGAGUUUUUACUUCCUGGAGCUAAACCCUCGGCUGCAGGUCGAGCAUCCUUGUACAGAAAUGGUGGCUGACGUCAACCUGCCUUCCGCUCAACUCCAAAAAUAUGGUCGUUGCUCUGAAGGAGCUGUCCAUUCGGGGCGACUUCAGGACCACUGUGGAGUACUUGAUUAAGCUGCUUGAAACGGAAAGCUUUCAGCACAACAGCAUUGACACUGGUUGGCUGGACCGACUGAUUGCUGAGAAAGUGCAGGCAGAGAGACCAGACACCAUCCUGGGGGUUGUGUGUGGGGCCCUCCACGUGGCUGAUGUCAGCCUGCGGAAUAGCAUCUCCAACUUUCUUCACUCCCUGGAGAGGGGUCAAGUCUUGCCUGCCCAUACAUUGUUGAACAUAGUGGACGUGGAACUCAUCUACGAAGGGAAGAAAUAUGUACUAAAGGUAGCUCGGCAGUCCCCAAACUCCUACGUUGUCAUCAUGAACGGUUCCUGCGUGGAGAUUGACGUUCACCGGCUAAGUGACGGAGGUCUCCUGUUGUCCUAUGAUGGGAGCAGCUACACCACCUACAUGAAAGAAGAAGUGGACAGGUGAUGAAGAUGGUGAUGACACUCACAGCGGCAGAAUCGGGCUGCAUCCAUUAUGUGAAACGUUCGGGAGCAGCCCUUGAGCCAGGAUGUAUCAUUGCUAAAAUGCAGCUGGAUGACCCGAGCAGAGUUCAACAGGUGAAGAACUGGGUUGAACGGUUAAUGAAGACUCUCCGGGAUCCAUCCUUGCCUCUAUUGGAGCUCCAGGAUAUCAUGACCAGCGUCUCCGGACGGAUCCCUCCCAACGUGGAAAAAUCCAUCAAAAAAGAAAUAGCACAGUAUGCAAGUAACAUCACAUCUGUCCUCUGCCAGUUUCCCAGCCAGCAGAUUGCCAACAUCCUGGACAGCCAUGCAGCCACCUUAAACCGCAAAUCGGAGCGUGAGGUUUUCUUCAUGAACACUCAGAGUAUUGUGCAGCUGGUUCAAAGAUACCGAAGCGGCAACCGAGGUCACAUGAAGGCAGUCGUGAUGGAUUUGCUUCGGCAGUACCUGAAGGUGGAAACGCAGUUCCAACACG